CAGUUCCGCGGAAACAAGCGCGGAAGGGAAAGUCGGCCGGACCGCAUGGCAGACCCGGACAGAGUUAACGGGAACACCAGCUGGAUACAUGUGAGUUACAGUGUUGUCAAGGAAACGGAGCUAUGAGGCGGCUGUACAUCGGUGGUUUGAGCCACUCGGUCAGCCAGAAGGAUCUGAAGGAUCGGUUUGGAAAGUUUGGAGAUGUGGAGGACGUGGAGGUCCGGACCAGGAAGGACGACGAGGGUGUUCCUUAUAAAACCUUUGCCUACAUUAACAUGAACAUUUCAGACGCAGACCUGAAGAAAUGUAUGACGGUGCUGAACAAAUCCAAGUGGAAAGGAGGAACUCUGCAGAUUGAAACAGCCAAAGAGAGUUUCCUCCACAGACUGGAGGAGGAGCGGGACACGUUGGCGGAGCAGCGCCUCCAUCCGCCGGCAGCGGAGGACAAUAGACAGAAGAUGCUGGACUCCCUGAGCAAAGCCGGCGUGGACAACUUCACCAUGAAGGCUGCGGUGCCGGGGACCGAAGUACCGGGACACAAGGACUGGGUGGUCAGUAAGUUCGGGCGCGUCCUCCCCGUCCUGCAGAUCAAAAGUCCGAAAGGCAGCAGAGCUCGGACGGUGAAGUACGACCCGUCCAAGUACAGCCACAACAUCCGCAAGCUGGACCGCUCCACCGACGGCACCGCGGACCAGCACACACCCGUCACCCAGCUCACCUGGGAGGAGCAGGGAGGCGAUGAUGACAUCAGCAAGAAGAGGCGGGGAGAGUUCCCUCCAUAUGAGCCGCCGCAGAGACGCAAGAAGAGUCGGUCGGAGGCGGUCACCUCCAAUAACGAUGAAGGCAGAGCCAGAUCUAAGCCGUCUGUUGACUCCGUCGUUCACACCGAGGCUCAUCGCUUCACCAACGGGAACAAACCGCCAACCAACCACAGUCUGGACCAGAGGAGGGCGCCUCGCUUCACUUACGCUCACAUCGAUUCAGAGGAGGAGGAGAUCCGCAGAAUGGUGGCAGCACAGGACACCUCCCAUGAUGCACUGCAGCAGGAAGAGGAGGAGGAUGAUAAGUUGGAAGUAGUCGGACUCGACUACUUGGUGAAGUCUGGACGGAAAGGAGGUCCAGGAGACAAAGAAGAGAAUGACUACGACUCCGCAGACACAGAUGAACUCUUCGCCGCCAGGAAACCUCCUCUUCCUCCACCGCAGGAGACACCGACUCCACAAGCUGCAGCUCAACUCUCAGGAAACGACGCCAACGACAGGAAGAGAAAGAUGAUGAAGAAGAAAAGUAAAGCUGUAGAGGAAGAGGACGAUUCAUCAGAUGCUGAAGAAGAGGUCGCCUCCAAGAAACCGUCUGGUAAACACAGUUCUCAGAACCAAACGAAGAAGAUGAAAGUCCUCCCUGUUGUAGAUCUCCCUUCCUCAGAAUCAGAUGAAGAUGAGGAGGAUGAAGACGAGGAGGAUGAAGACGAGGAGGAGUUGGAUUCAGCCGACUGCAGCUCAGAUUCUGACUAUGAAGCCAUGUUUUCUAACGUCACCCGUCUGGAGAUCUCUCUGGCUGAUCUGCAGAAAGUAGCAGAGGAAUUCCAGCAGACGCCUGAGACUACAGCUCCCAGCAUCCUCAGCAACUCCUCUGAAAAAAGUCCUGCGCCCAAGAAAGGCACCACGCCCGAGGAGAUCCUCGCCGCCUUGAUGGAGGACAGCAGCGAGGACGAGCAGCAGCAGCAGAAGAAGAAAGAAAAGAAAAGAAAAGCUGUGAAAGUUUCAACGGCGCUGCCGGCCUUCCAGGGGACGAGAGCGCUGAAGGAGGGAUCAGAAACAAACGAGAGUCAGAGGAGACAGGAAGAGGAGGAAAAGGGAGGAGGAGGAGGAGGAGGAGGGGAGGUUAAAAAACAGAAACUGGACUCUGAAGCUCCUCAGCUGAAGCACAAAACAACGGGCGGGAAAAUCAGCGGACAGAAACUCACAGAACCAGAGAGCAGUGAGGAGGAGGAGGAGGAGGAAGAGGAGGAGGUGAAAAAGGAGAAGGUGGUGAAGAACAUGGCUGAGACAGGUUCCUCUUCUAGCAGUGAUGAGGAGGAGGAGGACGAAGAAGAAGAAGAGGAGAAAGUGGAGAAAAAGGAGGAGGUGGUGAAGAACAUGGCUGAGAAAGCUGAGACAGAUUCCUCCUCUAGCAGUGAUGAUGAAGAGGAGGAGGAGGAAAGGUUGACGGCCAAUCAGACCGUUCUUACACCUAAAGCUGCUUCAUCUUCAUCCUCCAGCUCCUCGGCUGAGGAAGACGAACAAGAAGAAGCCGUGAAAGCAAAACCCCCCGCCGCUCCUCACAGUGAGUCCUCCUCCAGCGAAGAGGAAGAGGAGGAGGAGGAGGAGGAGAAGCAGGCUCCUCCCCGGGCGCCGUUGGGAGCUAAGGAGGAAGAGGAGCGUCAGAGGAAGGCCAACACGAGGAGGCUGGCUGCCGUCCAGAAGAGACAGAAAGAGGCCGAAGAGAACAAGAAGCUCAUCCAGGGAGCUUUAUCCAACAUGGAUGCUCCAAAAGCAGGAGCAGGGAAACACAUCGUCUUUGGCUCUGAUGAUGAAGAGGAUGAAGACGAGCAGAAGACCACCUCGGAGGUCACGGCGUCAAAGAAGACGCUGUUACAGGACGGCCAAUCAGAGGACGAGGCCACGGGUGACGAGGCAGCAGUCAGUGAGCACAAAACGACUAAAGAAAAGCCGUCCGUCCCGAAGCUGUUUGAUGGCAGUGAGGAUGAGGAGGAUGGAGAUGAAGAGGAGGACGGCAGCAGGUUUGACCUCAGGCCUCAGUUUGAAGGUCGAGCGGGACAGAAGCUGAUGGAGCUGCAGUCUCGCUUCGGGAGAGACGAUCGCUUUCGAAUGGACUCUCGCUUCCUGGAGGAGGAAGAGGAAAAAGAGGAGGAGUCAGAGAAAAAGAAGAGCGUGACUGAGGAUGAGGAGGCUCUGGAGGAGGAGAGGAAGAAGAGCCUGUCCAUCUUGCAGAGCGUCCUCGGCAGCAGCCAAACAACAAGCAGCAGCAAGACGCCCGUCAAGGCCAAGACCUUCAGAGACGUGUCAGCGCUGCAUUACGACCCGAGCAGAGAGGAACACGCUGCCUUUGAGACCAAAACCGAUGAAACCAAGAAGGAGAGCAAGGCGGCCAGGAGGAAGAAGAGGGAGGAGGCCCAGAAGCUCCCGGAGGUUUCUAAGGAGAUUUACUACGACGUGUCCGGCGACCUGAAGGCCGUGUUCGGUCAGACGAAGGAGGAGGACGUCGCCGCAGAAGACGAGACGAACUGGGACCAAGAGGAGGAAAAGGCGAAAGAAGAAGAAGGGAAGGAUGAACAGCCGACCCUGCAGUCGUCUCUCCUCUCAGCUGAUCCCGGAGCAGAGAAUGAGGAGGCGUCUGGAUUUAAAUUCUCCUUCUUCGGAGACGACACAGAAACAGGAAGUGGAGAGACAGCGGAGUACAAGGUAGAGAGCAUCCAGGUGCCAAAGGUGUCAUGGCAACAAGACCCACGUUUCCAAGACAGCAGCUCGGGCGAGGACGAGGAAGAGCAGGCGAAGGAGGAAGAGGAGGAGCAGAGCAUCGUCACGGCUAAAACCACAGAAGAGGAGACUCCUUCAAAGACGGAUCUGUUCUUCUUCUACAUUGGUGACAGCAGACUGACAGAGGGUCCCAAGUUGUUCUGUCGUCCCUCUGACCUGGAGGAGCAGAGGGAGCAGUGGGAGGAGAAGAGGAGCGAGCUCAGACAGGAGUACCGCAAAAAACACAAGGACGCCAGGAGAAAGCUGAAGUCCUCCCUGAAGAGCUGAGGAUUAUGGGAGGUGAAGUCUCUGUGUUUCUGUUUACUGGUCUGGACUUCAGAAUCAGGAACUGACGGAUUAUUUCUCCCCUCUUGGGGCCGUUUUGUGCACCAGACUGAUUUCAACAGUCAGCAGGAGGGACACCAAACGGCAGCUGAAGACACAGACUGCCAGAGAAAGUUCAAGAUCGUCAGAUUUAUUUUUUAUUUUCCUAAAUACGAAGAUAUCUUUUGGUCAGGACUUGCUGUCGCUCCAUCUGGUUUGGUUUUCUCGUUAGUUGCUUUGGAAAUAAUGCAACACCAGCAGCCAAUCACAGUUUCACAGGACCAAUUCUGUUAUUAAAAAAACAAACAAACAAACUCAAUGGUGUAAUUAAUAAGGAAAUGUGUGCCUUAACAAUUUAAUAAAAUCAGUAUAUGUCUUCCAUACAUCCCUUCUCUUCUUAUUGUGGACUUUAGUUCUUGCCUUAACAGUUGAUUUGAUAAGAAGCCUCAGUGUCACUUUGUGCUG